GUUCGUUCUUAAACGACACUUCACUAUAUCAGCAGGACUCAUGAGAAGUAAACACACAAACAGUACAGAAGUGGAGCUGAGGUUAUAAACCCUGUAUAACAUGGAUAAACCGGCUGAAAAAGUCGGUGUAUUCCUUUUCUCCUUUUUGUGUGUGUUGGGUUCCUCCAUCUUUGCACUAGGUUCUCAUUUUAAAGGAACCCCGUACCUGCUGCCGCUCAUGCUCACUGGCCGCCUGCUGUUUGGUUCUGGUAAUGGCUCACUGACCAUCGUACAGAACCGGAUCACAGCGUUCUGGUUCCGAGGGAAGGAGUUAGCGUUAGCAUUCGGUCUCACUCUGGCGUUCUCUCGCCUGGGCUCCGUCCUUAAUUUCUUCCUCACCCAGCGCUUCGAGGCUCUUUAUGGCAUGCAGUGGACUUUGUGGGGGGGUACGCUGCUGUGUGUGCUGGGUUUCUUCUCGGCUAUAACCGUCAGUAUCCUGGAUAAAGUUGGAAUGAAGCAACUGGGACUGGAUGGAACGAUACAGGAGGAGUCGCGCAAAGUGAGGGUACAGGACGUACGUUUGCUCUCUCUUCGUUACUGGUUGCUGGUUUUUACCAUCAUGUUUUUUUACAACGGCAUUUUCCCCUUCAUUGCUGACGCCAGUAAGUUUAUUCAGGAUAAAUAUUCGGGUUAUACUCAGAAGGAAGCGGCGUACGUUGCGGGUGCUGUGUACGACAGCUCACUGGUAUUAUCAGCUGCUGUGGGCAUUCUCAUUGACUACGUAGGAUUGCGGGGAGUGUUUGCCUUGUUGUGUGCGGUGUUAACUUUGCCUGUUUUUGGAUUGUUGGCUUUCACCUUUGUCCCCCCACUCGUCUCCACCAUCUGGCUUGGCAUCACCUAUUCAUUUGCUGCGUCGAGCAUGUGGCCUUCGAUCCCUCUGGUGGUCCCUCGCUCCACUCUAGGAACAGCUAUGGGUUUGGCGACAUCUGUACAGAUGAUUGGCAUCGGAGUGUGUAACCUCAUAGUGGGAGAGAUACUGGGGACCAAAAACAGUGAUGCUAAGAUUCCUUUGUGGUGUUGGCAGCGUAUGAUGAUCUUCAUGUUGGCUAACACGAUCAGCUGCAUCUUCACAUCUACUGUACUGAACAUCGUCGACCACAGAGAGGGGGGAACACUAAACAAGAUGACCAAGAGAUCGGCGGUGCAAAGCGAUGAGGCUCAGACUGACAGAGAGCCGCUGGUUAGUGAUGGAGAUGAUACAGGAGAGGAGGACAGGAGCAACAACACCUCUGUCAACUCCUAAACCCCCUAAAGCUGUUAGUGGUUCAAACUAAGACUAGAUCCACACCAACAUGGGUUUAGUGUUUUAUCUACACAAACGUGUUCAGUGUGUUUUUAAAGACAUUAAAUAGACUUUGCACAUAUCACCCUCCUCUAUCUACCAUCUCUGCUUCUCUGGUUUUCUCUGUCUAUAUAUUUUAGGCUUUAAUUUUUCCUGUUCUGUGCUGUAAAUAUCGUGAUGCGAAAGGGAAACGGAUAAACACACACCCGGUCACAUGAGCCAGUAAGAUUGUCCAACCAUGAGGUGUUACAUUACCUAUAAGGCCAAAAGUAUAAUGGAGCUUGUGCACAAUAAGCUUGUUGGGCGUCCCAUUCAAAAACAAAGGCAUUAAUAUGGAGUUCCACCCCUAUAACGGCCUCCACUUUUUCUGGAGGGCUUUGUUUUUUUUUUACAAGAUUUUGGAUUGUGUGCCCAUUCAGGGAAAUGUUAAGUCAGGCAAACAACUGACACGCCAAUUCUUUUAAAAGUGUUUGUUGGCAUUGAGGUCAGGACUUCCUCUGAACUGUUGCCACAAUGUUUUGAGCAUAUCAAUUAGUGUUUACCUGUAAUUACUAAGCACAGCUUAGGUGAUAAGGGUGAUAAUUUUUGUCAUACUUUGUGCACUCAGGUAAAAAUGUGUUGCAUGGAACCUGGUUUAAGUUCUUUUGAUCAGUGACAUGUUUAAUUUUUAUUUGAAUGUGAAUUUUUAUACUGUAAAAUAAAAAAGGUCUACCAUGAA